GUUAAAACUAACACGAAAUAUCGCUGCUUCUUUUCUCCUUCUACUCUACAUGUGUUGGUGUUAAUAAACAAAUCCUGCAUACCAACCCCAAUACCAACAUAUAACAUAUCAUAUAUCCUUCUUUCCUGUCUAUUUCAAGACUCACCGUCGGUGCCAUUGUACACACCCCCUUUUCCACUUAAACAAACAAGCACCCACUCAUCAACCAUUCCAAACACCCACAAAAUAUGUCUAUGCACGCAAAGACAGAUUCCGAGGUAACCAGCUUAACAGCCUCAUCACCAACACGCUCACCACAACGGCCGGUUUACUACGUACAAAGUCCCUCACGUGACUCGCACGAUGGUGGCAAAACCACCAACUCCUUUCACUCUACCCCUGUGCUCAGCCCCAGUGGCUCCCCCAGCCGUCAAUCUCGGAACUCUUCAUCCACUAGAUAUUCCGGGUCUGUCCGACCCGGAUCCAGAAAAGGCGGUCCACAUCAUUUGAAAGGAGAGAAGGGGUUUGAUGCGAUUGAGGAAGAGGGUCUGUACGAUGAAGAUGGUCGGAGGGGGAUUCCGAGACGGUGUUAUUUUCCGGCUUUUGUUGUUGGGUUUUUUGUUUUGUUUACGUUUUUUGCUCUGGUUUUGUGGGGGGCUGCUAGACCUCAGAAGCCUGUUAUCACCAUGAGGAGUAUUGCAUUUGACCAAUUUGUAGUAAAUGCUGGGGCAGAUGCAUCUGGAGUAGCCACAGAGAUGGUGACACUGAACGCCACAGUGAAAUUCAAUUUUCGCAACCGCGGUACAUUCUUCGGGGUACAUGUAUCAUCCACGCCGCUAGAUCUCGCCUACACUGAGCUUACAUUGGCCACCGGAACUGUCAAGAAAUUUUAUCAAUCAAGAAAGGGUCACAGACUCGUGAGUGUGAAUGUACAAGGUGUGCGUAUCCCAUUGUACGGUGGAGGUGUGAACUGGAGUAGCGAGAACGGUAAACUAACUGCACCUGUGCCGCUGAACCUAAAUUUCACGGUUAAAGCCAAGGCUUACGUGUUAGGGAAAUUGGUGAAACCUAAGUUUCACAAAAAGGUCUCAUGUGCCAUUGUUUAUAGGCCCCCCAAGGUCAUCAAUACUAUCAAUAAGCCCAUUUCACUUAAGAACUCUUGCACCGUCGUGUAGUCCAUGAGCAUUGCACUGAUAAGGCUUCUAGCGUGAGUAGAUUACACUUUCCGGAACUGAUAUUUGGGUCGUUCAGGCAUAAAAACAAACAGUUGGUGUGCAGAAUGCACUGAAAUGUACCAUUUAAAUUUUGUCGAUUAUACGUACAGCCGAUGAUUUGAUGUAACUUGAAUACCUGGUUUGUGACCCUUAGAAAGUAUUUUAAUAAAAGAAUGGUGUGACAGUGGUACUAUAAUUAUAUUUGUUGUACUAUUAUUUGGUGUUUGUGGGAAUAUACAUUUUUAUAUUUAAUAAAGUUAUUUGGAUUUU